AAGAAAGAGGGGCAGAGGAGGGAAGGCGACUGCAGUCCGAAAGGAGCUUUUGGAAGCUAGGACCCUAAGCGUCAGGACGUGGCAUUGGUCGAGAGAAAGCCUAGGCUGGCAAGAGCUGCCGCCGGCGCUGGGAGAGCAUUUAUUUGGGAGAAAAAGAGAGGAGAGAGCAGAGGGAGGGGGGAAGAGAGUUCAAACCGAAGUGGAUGGAAGGGGACUGGGGUUUCUGCCGCGCAGGGAGCCGUGAGCCAGGGCGAUGGCGCUAAGGACGGCGCGGAGCAGCUGCGCUCCCGAAAACGCGUCUCCUCGCAGAGGACUAGCAGGCUUCGGGAAGGUCUGCGCCAACGGGAACCAACUUGUGGCUCCAAAAUGUACCCAACGCAGCUGGAAAUGAGAUCAAAGCUGCAGUUGCAUUUGAGAAGGAUGAGAAGAAGCAGCGAUUAGGAAAUUUUUUUUUUUUCUUACCCGUAUUGUUCCGUUUUCUUUUUUUCUUCUUUUUCUUUUCUUCCUUUCUUUUUUCGUGUUUGUUUUUUUAAUUUGCCUACCACCCCGUCUGUCCCCUCACUUCGCCUUCCCCAUUUGAAAUAAAAGCCCCAGUCUCAACUUACAUCACCGCGGCGCCCCCGGAGCCACUGCCGGCUGAUGGAGGAGAAGGGGACCCGGGGGCUGGCAGGGGCCACCGGCGAGGGACCGCAUCCCGCGUCUCCCCCGUGAUCCCGGCGCCGACCGCGGAGUUCUGCAACACCUGGAGGAUCUGGACCGGGUGCUGGGGGUGGGGGCGGGGACAGAGGAAGGAAAAGGCACCCCAAGCCUUAAAAAGAAAAAAAAAAAAAAAGUAGCGGGGGGAGGAAUGGGUUUCUUCUUGACAGCUGACGGAGCCUUGAAAUUUUCCUCCACUACCUCCGCCCCCGCCCCCGCCCCCGCCCCCCGCACUCCAUUUAACGUGAGAUUAUGAAAUUGCAGAGGCGGUGGAGGGAAGGAGACAGGAUAUAACCGGAGUUUGGAGGGGAGAGGGGAAGGUGGCUGGCCGGGUGGCUGAAAUCAAAAAUUCAAUUGCGCACUGGGUUGUGAUGAGAAAUCUAAUCAGAUCUUUGGCGAAGGGGCCGGCCGGAAGGAUGGCGAGUGGGGGGGAAGUUGCUCCCCAAAUUCUUCGAAGGGGAGGCUGGGGAGAGGAAUUGACGAUGUAAAAGGAGACUUUUUUUUUUUUUUUUUUUUUUUUUUGGUGGUGGUGGCUGUUGGGUGCCUUGCAAAAAUGAAGGAUGCGGGACACAGCUCUCUCCUGGAACCGAACGCAAUGGAUAAACUGACUGUGCAAGAGAGAAGGAAGAACGAAGCUUUUUCUUGUGAGCCCUGGAUCUUAACACAAAUGUGUAUAUGUGCACACAGGGAGCAUUCAAGAAUGAAAUAAACCAGGGUUAGACCCGCGGGGAUUGGUGUGUUCUGACAUAAAUAAAUAAUCUUAAAGCAGCUGUUCCCCUCCCCCCCAAAAAAGGAUGAUUGGAAAUGGAGAACCGAGGAUUCACAAAGAAAAAAGUAUGUUCAUUUUUCUCUAUAAAGGAGAAAGUGAGCCAAGGAGAUAAUUUUGGAAUGAAAAGUUUGGGGCUUUUUUAGCAAAGUAAAGAACUGGUGUGGUGGUGUUUUCUUUUCUUUUUGAAUUUCCCACAAGAGGAGAGGAAAUUAAUAAUACAUCUGCAAAGAAAUUUCAGAGAAGAAAAGUUGACCGCGGCAGAAUGAGGCAUUGAUUGGGGGAGAGAAACCAGCAGAGCACAGUUGGAUUUGUGCCUAUGUUGACUAAAAUUGACGGAUAAUUGCAGUUGGAUUUUUCUUCAUCAACUUCCUUUUUUAAAUUUUUAUUCUUUUUGGUAUCAAGAUCAUGCGUUUUCUCUUGUUCUUAACCACCUGGAUUUCCAUCUGGAUGUUGCUGUGAUCAGUCUGAAAUACAACUGUUUGAAUUCUAGAAGGACCAACACCAGAUAAAUUAUGAAUGUUGAACAAGAUGACCUUACAUCCACAGCAGAUAAUGAUAGGUCCUAGGUUUAACAGGGCCCUAUUUGACCCCCUGCUUGUGGUGCUGCUGGCUCUUCAACUUCUUGUGGUGGCUGGUCUGGUGCGGGCUCAGACCUGCCCUUCUGUGUGCUCCUGCAGCAACCAGUUCAGCAAGGUGAUUUGUGUUCGGAAAAACCUGCGUGAGGUUCCGGAUGGCAUCUCCACCAACACACGGCUGCUGAACCUCCAUGAGAACCAAAUCCAGAUCAUCAAAGUGAACAGUUUCAAGCACUUGAGGCACUUGGAAAUCCUACAGUUGAGUAGGAACCAUAUCAGAACCAUUGAAAUUGGGGCUUUCAAUGGUCUGGCAAACCUCAACACUCUGGAACUCUUUGACAAUCGUCUUACUACCAUCCCGAAUGGAGCUUUUGUAUACUUGUCUAAACUGAAGGAGCUCUGGUUGCGAAACAACCCCAUUGAAAGCAUCCCUUCUUAUGCUUUUAACAGAAUUCCUUCUUUACGCCGACUAGACUUAGGGGAAUUGAAAAGACUUUCAUAUAUCUCAGAAGGUGCCUUUGAAGGUCUGUCCAACUUGAGGUAUUUGAACCUUGCCAUGUGCAACCUUCGGGAAAUCCCUAACCUCACGCCGCUCAUAAAACUAGAUGAGCUGGAUCUUUCUGGGAAUCAUUUAUCUGCCAUCAGGCCUGGCUCUUUCCAGGGUUUGAUGCACCUUCAAAAACUGUGGAUGAUACAGUCCCAGAUUCAAGUGAUUGAACGGAAUGCCUUUGACAACCUUCAGUCACUAGUGGAGAUCAACUUGGCACACAAUAAUCUAACAUUACUGCCUCAUGACCUCUUCACUCCCUUGCAUCAUCUAGAGCGGAUACAUUUACAUCACAACCCUUGGAACUGUAACUGUGACAUACUGUGGCUCAGUUGGUGGAUAAAAGACAUGGCCCCCUCCAACACAGCUUGUUGUGCCCGGUGUAACACUCCUCCCAAUCUAAAGGGGAGGUACAUUGGAGAGCUUGACCAGAAUUACUUCACAUGCUAUGCUCCGGUGAUUGUGGAGCCCCCUGCAGACCUCAAUGUCACUGAAGGCAUGGCAGCUGAGCUGAAAUGUCGGGCUUCCACAUCCCUGACAUCUGUAUCUUGGAUUACUCCAAAUGGAACAGUCAUGACACAUGGGGCGUACAAAGUGCGGAUAGCUGUGCUCAGUGAUGGUACGUUAAAUUUCACAAAUGUAACUGUGCAAGAUACAGGCAUGUACACAUGUAUGGUGAGUAAUUCCGUUGGGAAUACUACUGCUUCAGCCACCCUGAAUGUUACUGCAGCAACCACUACUCCUUUCUCCUACUUUUCAACCGUCACAGUAGAGACUAUGGAACCGUCUCAGGAUGAGGCACGGACCACAGAUAACAAUGUGGGUCCCACUCCAGUGGUCGACUGGGAGACCACCAAUGUGACCACCUCUCUCACGCCACAGAGCACAAGAUCGACAGAGAAAACCUUCACCAUCCCAGUAACUGAUAUAAACAGUGGGAUCCCAGGAAUUGAUGAGGUCAUGAAGACUACCAAAAUCAUCAUUGGGUGUUUUGUAGCCAUCACACUCAUGGCUGCAGUGAUGCUGGUCAUUUUCUACAAGAUGAGGAAGCAGCACCAUCGGCAAAACCAUCACGCCCCAACAAGGACUGUUGAAAUCAUUAAUGUGGAUGAUGAGAUUACGGGAGACACACCCAUGGAAAGCCACCUGCCCAUGCCUGCUAUCGAGCAUGAGCACCUAAAUCACUAUAACUCAUACAAAUCUCCCUUCAACCACACAACAACAGUUAACACAAUAAAUUCAAUACACAGUUCAGUGCAUGAACCGUUAUUGAUCCGAAUGAACUCUAAAGACAAUGUACAAGAGACUCAAAUCUAAAACAUUUACAGAGUUACAAAAAACAAACAAUCAAAAGACAGUUUAUUAAAAAUGACACAAAUGACUGGGCUAAAUCUACUGUUUCAAAAAAGUGUCUUUACAAAAAAACAAAAAAGAAAAGAAAUUUAUUUAUUAAAAAUUCUAUUGUGAUCUAAAGCAGACAAAA